AUGCCUCGACCCCCAGCGGAGGAUGCAGCGGUAGCAGAUGAAAACCGCAAAGGCUUCUCUUGCCGGGCCUGUCGACAGCGCAAAAUCAAGUGCGAUCGGCAGACUCCGUGCUCCAACUGCGUCAAGGGGGAUACACAGUGCAGCUUUAUUCCCCCGGUCCGCGGCAAGCGAAAGAGAACGAAACCUGCUCGAGAAGGGCUGCAUGCCAAAUUGAGGCGGUAUGAGGAGAUGCUGAUGUCGUAUGGCGCAAAGAUUGAGCCAUGCCUAGACAGUGACACCUCAGAUGCGGAAUCAGCUUCCAGGCCAGAGAUUGGCGUAUCCAGAGGUGCUGAGUCUCAGAUCGAGAGCAGGGGCGAAGCUGUCCGGCUUGAUGUAACCAGAUCCAAGCUUGUGACCACAGAAGGCACCUCGAGAUAUUUCGACAGCGCUCUUUGGUCCAACUUAGGAGACAAGUUUCGCCAUCCAGAUGAAUAUGCCCCUGUUGAGCUAAUGGAUGAGGCCAGUGUCCAUGAAUGCGAGCUCUUUCUAAGUCCGCUCGACCAAGCAUGCUCUGAUCCCAGCGCCUCAAACAGCUCAAAUCUGGUCGGCCAUUACCCCUCCAUCCAGGUCCUGCUAAAGAUGAAAGAAAUGUAUGUGGACCGGAUUGAUCCUGUGAUGAAAAUCCUCCACAUUCCAAGCUUCUGGUCCUCGUUGACGAAUGCACUGCAACGUCCACAAGAGAUCCCAAAUAGCCUCAAGGCGGCCAUGUUUGGCUUUUGUCUUGCCACAGUCAGCGCUUUGGACGACGAUGAAUGCCAGAGUCUAUUGGGAGGACCUAGGUCGGCCAUGCUUCCGCGAUAUCGAACAAUAGCUCGUCAGGCUUUGGUAAAUGCUGGAUUCCUUCACACUUCAAAUCCUAUGACACUUCGAGCCUUUUCAUUGUAUCUUAUCGGCGUGAGAACCUCUCAUCGACACGACACUCAGUAUAUUUUGUCAGGAGUUGCGGUGCGACUUGCGCUCAAAAUGGGUCUCCAUCGCGAUGGUGAAUCUCUUAGACUGACCCCUUUCGAGACAGAAAUGAGGCGUCGACUCUGGUGGCACAUAGUACACGUCGAUUUUCGCGCGGCCGACAUGCUGGGUGUGAGACCCUGCCUGGAUCUGUCCGUUGGAGACACCAAGAUGCCUUUGAACGUCGAGGAUGAAGACCUCAGUCCCGACAUGGUUGACCCGCCGCCUGAGCGAAGUGGGAUUACUUCCAUCGUUCUCUGCCUUGUCAGAUGCGAGAUCAUGGAGUUCCUACGCCAGCUGGCCUUGCCAUUGUCCAAUGAUGCUCACUGGGACGUCCUCUCGAGUCCGGGUAUCACGACUGCCAAGAAGGAUGGUAUGAUCGGCCAGAUGGAAGAUCUUUGGGAGAGAAAGUAUCUUCGAUAUUGCGAUCUGUCGAAUCCGCUUCAUACGUUCGCAUCUAUCAUGAUCAGAUCCUGCAUAUGCAAGAUGAGGCUCUUUGCUCACAGUCCACGGCGAUUUGGCGGACGUGGCGCCAAAAUCACGCAGACCGAUCGUGAAAUUGUCUUCGCGAAUGCAACAAAAUUAUUGGAAUAUGCGGUUUUGGUGAGAGGCAAUCAGGGACUGCAGAAGUACACAUGGCGAAUCGGCACGAGCUAUAUUUGGGAUACGAUGCUCUGUGUCCUCAUUGAGGCUCGACACCGCAAGGUAGGGCCAGAGGUAGACCGGUUAUGGCAGCUGAUUGGCGUGGUACUUUCGCAGUACCCCGAGGCUUUCAAAGAGUCUACAGGAGCUGUGUAUGUUGCACUGAGGAAAUGGACUCUGGAGGUUUGGGACGACUAUGUCGCCGCUGUGAAGUCUGAGGGGCUGCCGGAACCAGCGGCGCCUGGGUACAUCAAGGCGAUCCGCCACAGUUGGACAUCCAGGGCAAAAUCUGUGCCCUUCGAUCAACGCUCGGUCAGCUCCGGAAAAAUCCAGGUUGAGAAUCAGGCUGGAAAUCUGCCCGAGCUUGGAGAUCUCGAUUGCUAUAACUUUCCCGACCUCGUUUCUUUUGAAACGGACCCAAAUGAAUGGGUCCAAUGGGACCAGCUAGUUUUCGGACACGGUGGAUUCGGCCAGAUGGAGAAGUUAUAA